AUGGGUAUCUUCGGCCACCACGAUCUCGAACCUGUUGCCGAGCCUAUCGCUAUAUUCGAACAAUUUGUUGCGAAGGAGCCGCAGGCAAUAGUCCUAAAAGAAAAGGUGCUCUCCGUCUCUGGGGAUAGCUUCGAAAUUAAAUUGGCCAAUGGCCAGCCAUUUUUGAAAGUGGACGGAGCCUGGAUAUCCCUUUCCGGUCGCAAGAAGGUCGAGGAUGCAUCUGGAAAGCACCUUUUUGAUAUUGUUAAGGAGCUUCUACAUAUUCAUACAACCUAUGCAAUCGAAGAUACACAUGGCAAGAAGGUUUGCGAGGUUAAGAGCAAUCUCAGAUUGCUCGGCUCCAAAGCCACCGCCAGUUUCACUGAUAGCCAUGGCAAGAUUAGGGUUCUCAAAAUGAAAGGAGGCUGGUUUGAUCAUACUGCCGAUAUUGUCGACGAUAAAAGCGGCCAAACAGUAGCUCGCAUUGACCGGAAACUGCUCAGCGGUCGCGACCUUAUGUUUGGCCAGCAGACCUACGCCGUUGUUGUGGCACCUGGUGUGGACGCCGCACUGAUUGCGGCGUUAUGUAUUUGCUUUGAUGAGAAGAAUAAUGAUGAAAGUGGCGAAUAG